GGCAUGGCAAAGAGGACUGUGUCACUGCUGCAACUGCUGCUGGUGGUGUAUGGGGUCUGUGUGCCUGCAUCAGCACAAAUCUGCAGACUACUUGGUCAGCCUGCCCUUCCUCUACUUUCUGCGCAAAAAGACAUCAAUAUUGGGGCAAUUUUUUCAUUUCACAAAAGUGCUCUGCUGAAGAUCCAGCCUUUCACUUCCAAACCAAAGCCAACAACAUGUGGCAGCUUCAACAGCUUACGUGGGUUUAAGUAUGCUCAGACACUAAUUUUUACCAUUGAGGAGAUUAAUAACAGCACACAGCUGUUGCCUGGUGUUUCUUUGGGCUAUAAGAUAUAUGAUUCCUGUAGCUCUAUAUCUCAAACUGUUCUGUCAGGCAUGUCUUUAAUGAAUGGUUAUGAAGAGACUCUGAGUGAUACAUCCUGCUCUAGACCACCAGCUGUUCAUGCCAUUGUUGGAGAAUCAAACUCCUCUCCCACCAUGGCACUGGCUUCUUUAGUUGGUCCUUUCAGCUUACCUGUUAUUAGCCAUUUUGCCACAUGUGCAUGCCUGAGUAACAGAAAAAGGUUUCCAUCCUUCUUCAGAACAAUACCCAGUGAUUAUUAUCAAAGCAGAGCUCUGGCUCAGCUUGUCAAACACUUUGGCUGGACCUGGGUUGGGACAGUGAGGAGUCGUGGGGACUAUGGUAAUAAUGGUAUUGCAGCAUUUGAGGAGGCUGCAAAACAAGAGGGGAUUUGUAUUGAAUACUCAGAGGCCAUAUUAAGCACCGAUCCAAAGGAGCAGUUUUUAAAGACACUAGAAGUGAUAAAGAAGGGCACCGCCAGGGUAGUGCUGGCUUUCGUUGCAGUGGGAGAUUUUGUUCCCCUCUUAAAUGUAAUAGCCCAACACAACAUCACAGGGAUACAGUGGGUUGGCAGUGAAUCCUGGAUCACUUAUCGAACAUUUGCAGAAACAAAAGAAUACAGUUUCCUCUCUGGAGCUGUGGGUUUUGCUAUAGCAAAUGCUAAACUUGUGGGCCUGCGAGAGUUCUUAGUAAAUGUGCAUCCUAAUCAAGAACCAAACAAUGAACUUUUAAAAGAAUUCUGGGAAACAGUUUUUCAGUGCUCUUUUAGGAGCAACAGUAGUGGUGGCUGUACUGGCUCAGAAAAACUGGCAGAGCUGCAAAAUGAAUAUACUGAUGUAUCAGAGCUACGGAUAGUAAAUAAAGUGUACACUGCAGUGUAUGCUAUUGCACAUACACUACACAAUGUAUUAAAAGACUUGAGAUCCUCUACCAGCAGCAGCAAAGGAGAACGGCCUACGCCACAAAAGGUGUUGGAUUAUAUGAGGGAUGUGAGAUUCACUGUUAAAACAGGUGAAGACAUCUUCUUUGAUGUAAGCGGUGAUCCAGCAGCGAAAUAUGACCUUAUUAACUGGCAGCCUGCUGAUGAUGGAAGUUUGCAGUUUAAGUAUGUGGGCUUCUAUGACAGCUCACUGCCUUCCGAACAGUGUCUUCGAGUCAUCCAGGAACACAUGAUAUGGGCAGGGAACAGUAGGCAGUUCCCUGUGUCCGUGUGCAGUGAGAGCUGCCCCCCAGGUACUAGAAAAGCUGUGCAAAAAGGGCGACCUGUUUGUUGUUAUGACUGUAUUCCAUGUGCAGAAGGAGAAAUAAAUAAUGAAACAGAUUCUAGUGACUGCUUUCCUUGUGAUUUGGAGUACUGGUCGAAUGAAGGCAAAGACAAAUGUGUAUUAAAAGUGGUUGAAUUCCUUUCCUAUACAGAAAUCAUGGGGAUGGUGCUUUGUAUUUUCUCUUUCUUUGGGAUGUUAUUGACAGCAAUUGUAUCUUUUCUGUUUUAUCUUCAUAAAGAAACACCUAUUGUCAGAGCCAACAACUCAGAGCUGAGCUUCUUGCUGCUCUUCUCACUCUCACUGUGUUUCCUUUGUUCACUUACUUUCAUUGGUCAGUCCACUGAGUGGUCCUGUAUGUUGCGUCACACAGCGUUUGGGAUCACUUUUGUCCUCUGUAUCUCCUGUGUUUGGGGUUAAAAAACAAUGGUGGUCUUAAUGGCUUUCAGGGCUACACUUCCAGGAAGUAAUGUCAUGAAAUGGUUUGGGCCUCUUCAACAGCGACUCAGUGUUGUUUCAUUAUCAUUAAUACAGAUGAUUAUAUGUGUGCUUUGGUUAACGAUAUCCCCACCUUUUCCUUAUAUGAAUUUGAGCUAUUAUAGAGAAAAGAUCAUCCUAGAAUGUAACUUAGGUUCAGCUCUUGGCUUCUGGGCUGUUCUGGGUUAUACUGGCCUGCUAUCAAUCUUGUGUUUUAUUUUAGCUUUUCUUGCUCGGAAUCUCCCUGAUAAUUUCAAUGAAGCCAAAUUCAUAACAUUUAGUAUGCUCAUAUUCUGUGCUGUAUGGAUCACAUUUAUCCCAGCUUAUGUCAGUUCUCCUCGAAAAUUUACUGUAGCCGUGCACAUAUUUGCUAUUUUAGCAUCAAGUUUUAGUUUACUCUUUUGCAUAUUUGCUCCAAAAUGUUACAUCAUUUUGCUAAAACCAGAGAAAAACACAAAGAAACAAAUGAUGGGAAAAUCUUCAUCUAAAGCUCUUUAA